AUGCGUAUUCCCUGCGCAACAAUGAUCGCAACAAGACAGGGGAUGCGUCCCGCCUACGCAGGCUGGAGGCGAGUGUCCCAGAAUGCAGAGCGAGAAGUCAUGGACCAAAAUGACAAUGAUCUACAGGGAACUGAUGGUUCAGGGAUUCUUGGCGGUCAAGGCGUUCGGCGACGGAUUCCCAUCAAGUUACUGUCCAAACAGACUAUAAGAAGCAAGCCUGCUGCCCGACCCCAGCGGCCCAGUGCCAGGCUGCCAUCCAAUGGACAAAGUGAUGAAGAGCCUUUUAGCUGUAAGCAGGAGGAGAGAUUUGAGUGCAAAUCUGGAGAUGCUUAUGGGAGCCAGCGGAGGUUUCCCCAUCCUUUAUUCUGGGACUAUAAGCUUAACUUGGUUGGAGAGAAGGACGACACCCCAGUUCAUUUCUGUGACAAGUGUGGCCUGCCCAUUAACAUAUAUGGUCGAAUGAUUCCCUGUAAGCAUGUGUUCUGCUAUGACUGUGCAGUGCUGUAUGAGAAGAAAAACGAUAAGAUGUGCCCAGGUUUGUCCCUGUACAGCUGCACAGACCCGGUCCAGCGCAUCGAGCAAUGCCAGCGUGGCUCCCUCUUCAUGUGCAGCAUUGUGCAGGGCUGCAAGCGCACCUACCUCUCUCAGCGGGACCUACAGGCCCACAUCAACCACCGCCACAUGAGGGCGAGCAAGCCCGGAGGCUCGCGGCCAGAGCCUGCCCACCCAGUCCCUUCUCCGGCCUCGGAUCCGCCGGACCGCUUCCGCUUGCCGCCACCACCUCACCUGCCCAAGGCCCACCCUUUGAUCCCUCCCCCAUUGCAGGGUCACGAACCAUACGGGCAGCUGCCCCCAGCUUCGCCCUCUGCAUCAGACCUGGGGCCCUCAUCACGAGGCCUUCCCCCAGAGACCUUCCGCAUAGCCACUGUGACCACACGCAAGCACAGCAAUCUCAUUACUGUGCCCAUCCAGGACGACUCUGGUGGCUCUGGCCCCUCUCCACGCGAUCCCCUUCCUCAGACCCCACCAGGCCCGCCCCCACACCACCACCCCGGGGACUACCCAGGUCAGCCUGUGGUGUCCCACCCUCACCACAUCAUGCCCCCACCUCAGCAGCAGCAUUACGGUCCUCCUCCACCACCACCUCCCCCGCUCAGCCACCCUAUGCAGCAUCCUUCCCAAGCCUCAGCUGCUCCACACAUGGUCUACAACCAGGCGCCUCCAAUGUCCACUGCCCCACCUCCCAUCACCCCUCCACCUGGACAUAUCAUCAACCAGAUGCCUCCAUUCAUGAACCACCCUCUGCCCGGGCCACUUUCUCAACACGGGGGUCCACCUGUCAGUGCCCCUCCUCCUCACCACUACAACCCUAACUCCAUGCCACAGGACCAGGGCACCCUCAGCCCACCCUUCAGCCAGCCUGGAGGCUUGAGCCCAGGCAUGUGGCCUGCUCCUCGAGGCCCUCACCCUUCACGCUUGCAGGGGCCUCCACCUCAGGGCCAGAUGCCUGGGCCCCACCACCCAGAGCAGGGCCGGUACAGACCGUACUACCAAUAACACUUGGUCUGUGUCAGAUUUAUCUCACAGUUUGGACGUUGACAAUAUCACUCAUAAUUGAAUUCAUUUCAGUUCACUGGUGGAGCUGUGUGCGUGUCUGUGAUGAUAACGUAAUAUGAUUCACUUGCUGAUGUUUUGUAUGAGCGUACCCUGCUGCUUACUGUGUGUUUCAUUGUGUAACAUGAGUUGAGUAAGUAGUUGUAAGUAAGGAAAAUAAUGGUGCAGUGCAGUCAGAUGUCUUAUUUGCUACAGUUACUGAGGACAUAUUUUUGCUUGAACACUUUUCGUAACACAUCAGAACAUUUUAAACGUUUUAAAGAAUCUUGUACCCACCGACUGCAAUAAACAACACUUGAACA